CUGAUUGAAUGGGGAGAAAGGGAAGGCAGCCACAGACGUAAAGAGCCAUGGGACAUGACAUAUACCCCUCAAGAGCGGCAGCAGGAUGUAUUCCUCUCUUCAUGUUUAACACCAGCCCAGUGUGCCUUUGACAGCAGCAGCAUGUGCAGAUCCUAUGUGAAGGUCAGUGAAAAGACGCGUAUUAUCAUGAGUGCCAGCAGAAUGAAGAAUGCAAUCAGGUUUAAUUCUUUCUAAUCCGCGGAUGUGUGUACAAUAGUAAUUCUCCAGGUUAGCCGACGCAGAGGGUGCCAUUGUUCUUCCAUGAUUUCUGACGAAUAGGAAAGGGACAAGGAGAAUUUCAACCCAAAAGAUGCAGAUCUGAGUUGCUUGUUGCUUUUGUCUUUGGGACUUUUUUUUGCUUUUACAUUUCAAGCGUCAGCACUGCGUGGGACACUUCAGACCAAAGGUAAUUCAGUGCAGGCGUAUUAAAAACUAGCUGUCACCCAGAAUAUCACCAGCUUACCAGAUCUGCACCGAAUUAGCACACAUGUGCAAAUGUCGUGACUUCCCCUGCAUAACAGGAAGCCAAGUGAGGACAAACGUCUCCAGCAGAAAAGCGCUUGUGAAACAUCUGAUGAAAUAAACAUGAAGCACAAUUAAAUAAAAAAAAAAAAAAAAAAAAAAAAAAAAAAAAAAAAAAAAAAAACUCAGGCAAGGAAGAUGAUUUGGUGGUUGACACUGUGUCUUAUACAACUGUGAGGACCUCCGUUUGAACGCCAGGAGUCACAUAAAAAGCCGGUUACAUACACCAAAGACUCAGGGUUCUGCUCCACAGCUGCCUCUCACCCAGCGUUCCAAGCCUUAUCAGCAGAAAUCCGUGGCCUUCUGGGUGAAAACCUUUGACUUCUUUCACAGGAUACAGAAAGACAAACCUGAGCCAGAAAUACAGGUGGCAGACAGCCUCUCAGCUUUCAGGACAGGGUAUUCCAGGACAAGAAAGGUGAAGCUCCUGGAGAAGGGACCAUCGGGUCUGAGUGCUCAUGCUUCUGUCGUGGUUCACAGGAUUUGGGGCUGGACUGCUCUUCCUGCACUUCUUGCAGAAACUUCUGUUCCCGUACUUCUGGGAUGAUUUGCGGUUCCUGCUGAAGGUGGUGCGCUAUGGGAUUAAGAUGGAGAUGUACAGACUGAGAGGGGAGCUCGUCACGGUGCUGGAUAAGUUCCUGAGCCACGCCAGGAGGCAACCCCAGAAGGCCUUCAUCAUUUAUGAGGGGGUCGUCUACACCUAUGAGGAUGUGGACAAGAGGAGCAGCAGAGUAGCCCGCGCCUUGCUGAAGCACUCCUCGCUGAAAAGGGGGGACGUCGUGGCUUUGUUGAUGAGCAACGAGCCGGACUUCGUCCACGUGUGGUUUGGCCUGGCUAAACUGGGCUGCGUGGUGGCCUUCCUCAACUCCAACCUUCGCUCCAAUUCCCUCCUCCACUGUGUCCGCACCUGCGAGCCCACUGCUGUGGUGGUUGGCGGAGAUUUGCUUGGAAGCAUAGAAGAAAUCCUUCCCAGCCUCCCCAAACAUGUCAGUGUUUGGGGAAUGAAGGAUUCUGUUCCACAAGGUGUAGUUUCCCUCAAAGAAAAGCUGAGUCUCGUCUCUGAUGAGCCAGUACCACCAAGCUAUCAUGUCACCUCAAGCCUCAAGUCUACUUGCCUCUAUAUUUUUACCUCUGGAACAACAGGUCUACCCAAAGCAGCUGUGAUUAGUCAGUUGCAGGUGUUGAAGGGCUCUGUAGGGCUAUGGGCUUUUGGCUGCACAGCUGAUGACAUUGUUUAUGUAACUCUCCCACUGUACCAUAGCUCAGGGGCUCUCCUGGGAAUUGGUGGAUGUGUUGAGCUGGGUGCCACAUGUGUGUUAAAGAAGAAAUUCUCUGCAAGCCAGUUUUGGGAUGAUUGCAAGAAGUACAAUGUGACUGUGUUUCAGUACAUUGGGGAACUUUGCCGUUAUCUGUGCAAACAACCUCAGAGAGAAGGGGAAAAGGACCAUCGGGUGCGUUUGGCAGUCGGAAAUGGUAUGAACAGCGAAGUGUGGAGACAAUUUUUAGAUAGAUUCGGAAAUAUCAAAAUGUGUGAAUUUUACGGAGCUACGGAAGGAAACAUAAUUUUCAUGAACCACACUGGCAAGAUUGGAUCAGUUGGGAGGACAAACUUCUUUUACAAACUUUUUUUUGUUUUUGAGUUGAUAAAGUAUGACUUCCAGAAAGAUGAGCCACUGAGGAAUGAACAAGGCUGGUGCUACUGUGUGAAAAAAGGCGAACCUGGUCUUCUCAUUUCUCGUGUGAACAUGAAGAAUCCCUUCUUUGGCUACACAGGCUCUUACAGGCACACGCAAAGCAAGCUGCUUCUUGAUGUUUUUAGGAAGGGAGACGUUUACUUCAAUACAGGAGACCUAAUGGUUCAAGAUCAUGAGAACUUCCUUUACUUUUGGGACCGUGUUGGAGACACUUUCAGGUGGAAAGGAGAAAACGUGGCGACCACAGAGGUCGCGGAUGUGAUUGGGAGGUUGGACUUCAUACAGGAAGCAAAUGUGUACGGCGUGCCUGUGCCAGGCUAUGAAGGAAAAGCAGGGAUGACGUCUAUUAUUCUAAAACCAAACAAGCCUUUUGACUUACAAAAAAUUUAUGACCAAGUCUCCUCAUCUCUACCAGCCUAUGCCUGCCCACGAUUUUUAAGAAUUCAGGACAAAAUGGAAACAACAGGGACAUUCAAGCUAAAGAAGUUACAGCUGGUAGAAGACGGAUUUAAUCCCCUGAAGAUUUCUGACCCACUCUACUUUAUGGAUAACUUGAAAAAAUCUUAUGUUCCACUGACCAAAGAGAUUUAUAAUCAGAUAAUGUUAGAGGAGCUUAAACUUUAAGGCUGUAUUUAUGGGACUUUGAUGGCUUCCUGGGAAAGAUGAAGGAAGAUUCAUGCGCUCCCUGACUGACAGUCAGGAGGGGUUCCUUUCAUAACUCAAUCAUAAACUGGAAAGCACUGAAGAAUUCAUUUUAUAUACCUAAGCUGUCAAGGCCCACACUUCUCAGCACAGUGAGCCGUGAAGAAGGAGAUGUUCACCCCAGGGUCUUGAGGCUGACUUGAGGAUGCUGCUAACAGCUGCUGCCCAGGACCACCAGAAAGCAGCACACUGCACAGCAUGUGCCCAGAAUGAGAACACAGUUCAAAGUACAGUGACUUGGGAAGUAAAAGCACCUGAGUCUGGGACUCUAACAAAUAUGCUGAUUUACUCUGAAGCAGAGAUGGGGAAGUAGUGUUCAUCAUAUGCUGUAUUUCCUUCUCAAGCUUAAAAUUCCUUAAGUUUAAUAAGGCUUAAGAUUGCUUGAACUAUUGUAAACUUUGGCUGACUUUUUCCUUAAUUUGAAGAUUCAGUAAAUAAAUACUUGCCUUAAUAUUGAAGAUUUUAUGUAGGAUAAUAUGUAAGCAGUUAACAGUUUAAUCACUUAAAAUACUUUCUAAUAUGUAACGAUUCUAGUUGUCAACGAAUAGUAAAAUUUUUACUCAGUUUAUUUUUAUGUUCUCUAUCUUGUAACUCAAUAAAACAAACUUUAUUAUUAUGUGA